ACCACCACUGUGAGUUGUGAGUUUGUGACUACUCAUCUAGUCCUUUUUGUUACUUUCUUUCCCUCCGUCUCUCUCUGCCUCACCCUUUCUUCCCCAAAUUUCCUCACCUCUUUCUCUCUCCUCCUUCUCUCGGAUCUUCCAACCUUCAUCUCUCAGAUUAACCUGCAUAAAUCUCUCUUUUCUCUCUCUAAAAUCAGAUUAAUACCUAUUUAUCGAAGGUUCUGGAAUAUCGAGUCCGCCAUUGAAGAAGCUUAGAGAGAGAGAAAUAAUAUGGAGUCUUUGGGAACUAAUAAUGGCGGAAGUGGUGGAGGAGGAGGAAAGAGAAAGAUAGAAGAUCAAGUUGAACUUGCGAAGCAAAAAGCACAAGCAAUUGCUGCGCGUCUUCUUAGUGACGCAGAUAAUAAACGACCUCGAACUCUAUCUGAUUCUUCUUCUGCACCUCCUGAUUAUUCUUCUCCUUCUUUUCCUUCUUCUCAAUCUUCUUUUCCUGUGCCUUAUACUACUCAAACAAAUCAGUACAAUGGUGUACCGAGCAGCAAGAAAAUCUAUAUCCCAAAUGCUAAGGUUGGUGUUAUCAUCGGAAGAGGAGGAGAGAUGAUAAAAAAUCUUCAAUUAGAAUCAGGAGCUAGAAUCCAGAUUACUCGAGAUGCGGACGCUGAUCCUACCUCUUUGACAAGGGAUGUCGAGCUGAUGGGUACGCAGGAGCAAAUUAGUAGAGCUGAGCAACGAAUUAAUGAAGUAAUUGCUGAGACCGAUGCAACAAGUUCUGCAUCAUCUGGAAAUAGAAGUGCACCUCCUCCACAAGCCGGAGGUGAACAAUUUGUAAUGAAAGUUCCAAAUGACAAGGUUGCUCUGGUCAUUGGUAAAGGAGGUGAAUCCAUAAAAGCGAUGCAAAGCAAGUCUGGUGCUCGGAUACAGGUUGUUCCGCUUCACCUUCCCCCUGGUGAUUACUCAACAGAAAGAAAUCUGUAUAUAAAUGGAACUAAAGAGCAGAUUGACGCAGCUAAAGAGUUGGUUGAAGAAGUUAUUAGUGGGAAUCGUUCGAAGGUUCUGUCUGGUUCUAAUAUGUACCAACAGUCUGGAUACCCUCCUAGCGCUGCUUGGGCUCCCCAGGGUCAACCCGCUGCACAGCAGCCUCCUGCAUAUGGAUACACUCAGGCUGGAAAUUAUGCUGCCCCUCAGCCACCUUAUUAUGGUGGAUAUCCUCCACAGCCAACUACUUGGGACCAAUCAGCUGCCUCACCUCAGCAGCAGAAUACAGGCUACAAUGCGUAUGGACAAGGUCAACCACCAGCUUCAACUCCCCCAAAUGCUAAUUAUAAUUACAGCCAAAUGGCACCAUCUUACAAUUAUAAUCAAGGGUACCCGCAACAGCCAAGCUACGGGCAAGAUGGUCAGACUACUCCAGAGGCAAAACCUUAUGCAAAUCCUGCAUAUGGACCACCAGCAACAUCUUCUCAGCCUGAUGGUUCUGCAGCAGUCCAAACUUCUCAGCAAGGUUAUGGAGCCCCAGCUGCAUCUGGUUCUGAUGGAACUGCCCAAUCUCAGCCCCCAUCUGCAUAUGCAGCAGGCUACGGUCAACCUCCUCCUGCUCCCGCUCCUGCUAAUGGUUAUAGUGCUUAUCCAAGUUAUUCAGGUGCACCAGCUGUUCAGCCAUCUUACAAUCAAACAGGUUAUUCACAAGCGGGUUAUGGCCAGCAGCAAGAAGGUCAAGUUGCAAGCCAGGCAUCGUACCCGUAUUAUGGACAAAGUGGGUACCCUCCAGCCCAAGCUCCUCCUCAAGCAGGUUAUUAUCAGGGUGCUUAUCCUUCAGCCGUUCCUCCACCACAAGCGCCACCUCAAGCAACUAAUGGUGUAGACUCGACUACUGGUGCUGCUGCAGAGGAAAGUGAAAAGUCCCAAAGCUGACAGUGUAGCUGAUGAGAGGGCAUUUUGUCUUUAGAACGUUAUUUCUAUUGGAGUAUUUUCUUCUCUUUAAGUUUCUUGUCACUUUUUCUAUUUGAACGUAUCCAAAAGGUUGUAGGGGAUCUUGGUUUAGACCUGAAGGUGCUUGAAUAUUUUUUGAGCUUUUUUGACUUGUUUAAAUUCAGUUUAUGUUAUGUGAUUUAAAGUUCUCACA